AUGACGGCUCCGACAAAGCAAGAGUACCCUGCGCCGCAGACUAAGACCGGUGCGCUUGACGCCGGCUUCAAGUUUGAAGAAACAACCCCCGUCAUCGGCCGAGAAUACCCUGAUGUUAAUAUCGUUGAAGACAUCUUGAACGCUUCUAAUGCCGACGAACUCAUUCGAGAUCUGGCAAUAACAAUCUCUGAACGCGGAGUUGUCUUCUUUCGAGCUCAAGAUAACCUCACAAAUGAUCUACAGAAGACCCUCGUCCAUCGUUUGGGUCAACUGACCGGAAAGCCUGUCGACUCCACCCUGCACAUUCAUCCAGUCCUCAACAACACCUCUGAAUUUGGCGUGGAUGAUGCGCAAAUAAGCACUAUCAGCUCGGUCGGUCGUAAAAACAUUUAUAAACACGAGAACGAUGGCCGACCGAGUGGUACGCGUCGCUACGACGCUGCGCAGUGGCAUUCGGACAUCCAAUUCGAGCCGGUCCCGGCAGACUACACCUCACUGCGCUUGACACAGCUUCCGGAAACAGGGGGUGACACUCUCUGGGCUUCUGGAUAUGAGAUUUACGAUCGCUUUUCGAAAGCUUACCAGACUUUCUUUGAGAGUCUGACUGCAACCUUUGACGGCAGCGGCUUCAUCCGUGCUGCUGACGCGAACCCGGAAAAAAUCAAAAUUUAUGAGAAAGAACGAGGUAAUCCGAAGAACGUCGGCAGAUCGCUAAGUGCUGUACACCCAGUGGUGCGCACAAACCCCGUAACUGGAUGGAAGAGCAUCUUUGCUCUUGGUCCAUUCCCCAAGUACAUCAACGAGCUUCAUGAGGAAGAAUCGGUAGAGUUGUUAAAGAAGUUCCGGUCUGUGAUAACAGAGAAUCACGACCUGCAAGUCCGCUUGAAGUGGAAGAACAAGAACGAUAUCGCUAUAUGGGACAACCGCAGCGCCUUCCAUAGCGCCACCUUUGAUUAUGAUGGCCUUGGCGAACGCUUUGGCAAUCGAGCAGUGGGUAUCGGAGAGGCACCCUACCUUGAUCCAAACAGCCGGUCUAGGACGGAAGCUUUGACGGAGAGAAACGUGAUUGCAAAUGGGUACACAAAUAACGGCAUCGCGAAAUCGGAGAUGGUGUCGGCAUAG